AUGCCCGGCACAGGCGUCUUUCCACACACCUACCUGGUCGCAAUUCGCCUUCUCUUCGCCCUCGGCACAGUCAUGUGGUACUCGGAGUUUGAGGCCAUCUAUCAGACGUUCAGCGGACUUGAAGAGGUGGCGGACGAGAUGAUUGAGGCUCUGGGCGAGGACGCAUGGAACCCGGCGAAGGCUCGAACGGCUUUGAGCGAAGGGUCCGCCGAGCGCGAACGUUACGUGGACUUUGCCAUGCCGGUCCUCAUGCGCCGCCUCGUGAUCCAAGGCUUGUACGGCACCGACUUCCCCAAUUCUGCGCAAUACGAGGACGUCGACCUCAGCUCCAUGCCGUCAUUCUGGCGUCAGAAACCGAUCCGGGUUUCUUCGGGAAAACACUUCGACAUCGUCCAGCGCGCUCAAUACCUCGGCGAAAUCGUCCACAACUAUACCUGGCUGCACCGUCUCGACGACGUCUUGCAGCGAGCGGUGGAAUCCGCUUCGACUUUUCUCCAAGGCUCAAUCGGCCGGCCCGUUCCGCGGCACAAGGACGACGACGCCUACGUUCGUACACAAGGACCAACGCAAGAUGAGGACCGGGCAAGCACGGUUAGCGGAAGGCAGCAGCGCGGAUUGCAGAGGUAG